UCUUUUUUAAUCCCAGGCGAUGAGGUUGAGACUUCGAGAAAAGCAGACAUCAAAAAAAAAAAAAAAAAGGAAAAAAAAAGUGGAGUAAAAACAAACACUCAUAAGAGAAGAAGAAGAGGAGAGAGAAAAUUGAUAGCGAAGAGAGAGAAAGCUUGAGAUUGUUUGGCUAUGGUGGUAGAAGCGCGUUAAUAUUUUCUACUGAGUCAACUCGUUUGUUUAUCGAUUCAAUCGCCGAUUUUCCGACCACCGGAGAUUACUUUCCGGCGAAGUUUUAAUCGGUGAUUUUAGGGUUGAAUUUCAAUUUCGUCUUCUUCAAGAGAAAGUUAAAGGGGAUGAUGAACGGAAACGGAUAUGGUGGAGUUGAAGAAGAGUACAUUAAGAUACAUCAUAAGCAUGAACCUGCUGAUAAUCAAUGUAGCUCUGUUUUAAUCAAGCACAUUAAAGCUCCUGUUCACUUGGUUUGGUCUUUAGUGAGGAGAUUUGAUCAACCCCAGAAGUAUAAGCCAUUUAUCAGCAGAUGCGUGGUGCAGGGAAAUCUUGAGAUUGGAAGUGUAAGGGAGGUCGAUGUUAAAUCAGGGCUGCCAGCGACUACGAGCACUGAGAGGUUGGAGGUUCUGGAUGACAAUGAGCAUGUUCUUAGUAUCAGGAUUGUUGGCGGAGAUCAUAGGCUAAAGAACUACUCUUCUGUGGUGUCUCUACAUCCGGAGAUCAUUGAGGGAAGGCCUGGGACAAUGGUGAUCGAGUCAUUUGUGGUUGAUGUACCUGAAGGCAACACCAAGGAUGAAACAUGCUUUUUUGUUGAAGCUUUGAUCAAGUGCAAUCUUAAGUCUCUUGCUGAUGUCUCUGAACGUUUGGCUGUACAAGACAGAACUGAGCCUAUUGAUAGGAUGUGAUUAGAAGCCUGAUGUGAUGGGAGGAUAUAUUUUCUCUCCAUGAAUGAAGCUACCAAGGUGUUCGGAUUGCAGAGGCCUUGGGGUUGACUGGUUCUUCCAUCUGCUAGAUAUGACUGCUGUCUGUAGUUCCUGUUUACGAACUUCCGCCUUUAGGCAGUCCAAGAAUCACAACUUUUAGAAGUGUGUUAUAAACGUUCAUGGAAGAGGAAAAGAAUUGGAAACCUGUGUCGUUCUCAAGUCUUUACAGUCUCAUUCUGUGCGUCCAUGCUUUAUAGUUGUAUAUAAACAUGUGAUUAAACGGGUGAUUGUAGAUCUUUUGUCAUCGUAUUAUAGCUUCUGUGGAGAGAAUUAUAGAGGUGUUCUGAUAGGUAGUCAAUUAAUGACAUUAGGGUAUAGGGAGGCUUGUAAGUAGUGUUUCUCAGUUCACCAUAAAUUUAUCGUCAUUUGUGAAUUACUGUCAUUGUUGUCAUAAACUUAUGGUCAUUUUUUUUUUCUCUUUUAAUCUUUUGUUAGCUAGUGAUCUGAGGAUAACUCUCCUAA